AUGGCCAACAAGAGGACAGUAACGCAGAGUAUUGACCAAAAAAUUUAUGACCUUAUACAUGAUUUGCUAGAAGCCAAGAGCCAGGAAAAGGCAAGUGUUGUCGAAGAAUCAGAUGAUCCUUACGCAAAGAUUGCCUCAGCUAAGGAUUUAUCGGGGAGUCAAGUCUUGGAAUAUGUACAACUCAAGGAUUUUCAAUUGAGGCGAAUGAAGAGAAAUAUCCUCGAUAAGGCUGUCUCGGCUGUCUUGAAAGUGGUAGUCGAAGAAGAAGAUGAGUACUUUCGCAGCAUAAAACCAAUUGACUCGGCAUCGGGUGAAGAUGAAGAAGAAACUGAAGAAAAAGACUUGAUGGAAGUAAAGGACUCCAACGCAUUGAACAAGUCAGUGGUUUCACUUUGGGGUAACCCAGACAAAACUGAAAAAGUUGAUCCACCUGAUUCAGAGGAGCUGAAGGAUAGUGAGAGGGUUGAAGAGGGAGGUGAAAAAAAGAGGACUAAAAAUUCGACAAAGCAAUCGAUUAAGAAGAGAAAAAGUAAGGUUGAUCAUCAGCCACCAAGCUCCAAGCUCUCCUCUCUUGGUGGUCUUGAGAAUGUUACUACUCAACUUAUGGAAUUAAUUGGUUUGCCAAUUUUGCAUCCUGAGAUCUACAGAUCAACUGGAGUGGAGCCACCACGUGGUGUAUUGUUAUAUGGUCCUCCGGGAUGUGGUAAGACAUCUAUAGCUAAUGCUCUUGCUGGUGAGUUACAAGUCCCAUUUAUCAGUAUCUCUGCACCUUCGAUCGUAUCAGGAAUGUCGGGCGAAUCCGAGAAGAAGCUACGUGAAAUUUUUGAAGAAGCGAAGACAAUUGCACCAUGCAUUAUCUUCAUGGAUGAAAUUGAUGCUAUUACUCCCAAGAGAGACGGAGGUGCACAAAGAGAGAUGGAGAGAAGGAUAGUUGCACAAUUGUUAACUUUGAUGGAUGAACUCACUCUAGAGAAAACUGACGGAAAACCAGUCAUUGUGAUAGGAGCUACCAAUAGGCCGGACUCUUUGGAUUCUGCUUUAAGAAGAGCAGGAAGGUUCGACAGGGAAAUCUGUUUGAACGUACCUAACGAAGAUCAAAGGUGCUCUAUUUUGAAGUCGAUGACCAAGAAUUUGAAAAUGCAGGAAAACUUAGACUUUAAAUUCAAAGAGUUGGCAAAAAGAACACCCGGAUAUGUGGGGGCAGAUUUGAAGAGCUUGGUAACAGCCGCUGGAAUUGCUGCGAUUAAGAGAAUCUUUGAAAGUUUGAGUGAACAGCAACAAGAGUUAUUGAAUGGUGAAAUGGAAAAGGCUACCGGCGAAAUAGUCAAUGGCGAUUCCAUGGAUAUUGAUACAACUGUCGCAACUUCACCUAAUAACACUUUCGUGAACAAUUUCAAAAGUAAAUCAGAUGUCGAAAAGUAUUCCACAAUACAAAAAUUCUUACUAAGUCAUCCCCAACCAUUAACCGAAGAGCAACUUGCUCCUUUAUGCAUUAGCUAUGAUGAUUUCUUGACGGCAUUGCCUACCAUUCAACCAACUGCAAAAAGAGAAGGAUUUGCUACUGUUCCUGACGUCAGCUGGCAGAAUGUGGGUGCAUUGAACCAUAUCAGAAUGGAAUUGCAUAUGUGCAUCGUACAGCCUAUUAAGAAGCCAGAAAUUUACUUAAAAGUGGGUAUAUCUGCACCUGCGGGUGUAUUGAUGUGGGGUCCACCAGGCUGUGGUAAGACAUUAUUGGCCAAGGCCGUUGCUAAUGAAUCUCGUGCUAAUUUCAUUUCAAUAAAAGGUCCUGAAUUGUUAAACAAGUACGUUGGUGAAUCUGAACGUGCUGUGAGACAAGUAUUUCAGAGGGCCAGAGCCUCUGUUCCGUGCAUUAUAUUCUUCGAUGAAUUAGAUGCUUUAGUUCCUAGAAGAGACACUUCAUUAUCGGAGUCCAGUUCUAGAGUUGUCAACACAUUAUUGACGGAAUUAGAUGGCCUUAAUGAUAGAAAGGGGGUGUUUGUGAUCGGUGCUACUAAUAGGCCAGACAUGAUAGACCCAGCAAUGCUUCGUCCGGGUCGUUUGGACAAGACUUUAUAUAUCGAAUUACCUUCCAACGAAGAGAGAUUCGAAAUUUUGCAAACCUUGGUCGCAGCAAACAAAACUCCGUUGAGUGACGAGGUAGAUUUGAAAGUUGUUGCCAACGAUGAGAGAUGUAGAAAUUUCUCAGGGGCAGAUUUAUCAUCAUUGGUUAGAGAGGCUGGUGUUUUGGCGUUGAAGAAGAAAUUUUUUCAUGGACAACAAAUUAAGCAAUUAGACGCAUCUGGAUACUAUGAAGAAGAAAGUGUUGAUUCAGAUAUAGUUGUGACCAGCAAGGACUUUGAUCUGGCAUUGUCUAGCAUAAACCCCAGUGUUUCGGAUAAGGACCGUGCAAAAUAUGAAAAGUUGAACAAGAGAAUGGGCUGGAGUGUGAUUAGCGAAACCCAAGAAGAGCUGGCUAGUAAACCAGAAUGA